AUGGUCGUGAUCACGUUCACGCCCUUGUACGGGGUCCAGUCCGCGGAGCCGAGCUGCUGCUACCUCCUCGAGGUCGACGACAUCUGCAUCCUCCUCGACUGCGGCUGGACCGAUGACUUUGACGUCGGCCUCCUGGAGCCAUUGGCGCGCGUGAUCGACAAGAUCGACUUGGUCUUGAUCUCGCACCCGGACCUCGCCCACAUGGGCGCGCUGCCCUACGCCAUGGGCACGCUUGGCCUCAAGGCGCCGGUGUACGCGACGCUGCCCGUGUACCGCAUGGGCGAAAUCGUGCUCUACGAAGCCUUCCAGGCGCGCACUAAGGACGACCUGGCCUUCAACCUCUUCUCGCUCGACGACGUGGACCAUGUCCUCGAGACGUUUAUCCAGCUCAAGUACUCGCAGAAGCUGCGGCUGUCGGGACAAGGCGAAGGCAUCUACAUCACACCGCACGCGGCAGGACAUCUCAUCGGCGGGUCCAUCUGGAGCAUCGUCAAGGAGACGGACGAAAUCAUCUACGCCGUCGACUACAACCACCGCGCCGACCACGUCUUGAGCAAGACGUUCCUCGAAUCGAUUUCGCGGCCGACGCUCCUCAUUACAGACUCGAUGCACCUCCACAAAGAGCAGCCGAAAAUGAAGGACCGCGACGAGCGCUUGAAAGACGACGUGGUCAACACCCUCCGACGCGGCGGCGACGUGCUCAUCCCGUGCGACAGCGCCGGGCGCGUCCUCGAGGUGCUCCACGUCCUCGACCAGUACUGGAUCAAGCUCAAGCUCAAGUACCCGAUCGCGCUCCUCCACACGAUGAGCUACUAUGCGCCCAAGGCGGCCCAGGCCAUGCUCGAGUGGUGCAGCGAGCGCAUCUCCAAGAACUUUGACAUUGGCAAGCCCAACCGUUCCACUCGUAGACACGUCAACGUCAUCCACAGCCUCGAAGAGCUCGACAAGCUGCCGAGCCCCAAGGUCAUUCUGGCCACGUCGCCGUCCAUGACGCAAGGAUUUGCAAAAGACUUGUUCGUGCAAAUGGCGCCGCACCCGAACAACCGGAUUCUGUUUGUGACCACGCCGCCCGCGUCGUCGCUCGCAGCCCAAGUGCAGCCGAACGCGUCGGUUGUCGUCAAGCAGUCGCGCAACGUGCCGCUCGAGGGCGCCGAGCUCGCGGCCCACGAAGCCAAGGAGCGUCGGCGCAUCCAGAACGAGGCCGAGCUCAAGGCCAAGGAGAUUGAAGAAGCCGCGAUGGAAGACAUGAUGAUGGGCAUCGCCGAGUACGAGUCCGAGGACGACGACGACGCGGACAAGCUGCCAUCCGUCGCACCGAUUGAGAAGCCCUCGGCGCAAAUGCGCGGGUCGUUCAAGGUCGGCUUUGGCCAGUUUGCGACCGCCCGGUACCCCAUGUUCUUUGCGAUCGAGACCAAGUCCGAGUGGGACGAGUACGGCGAGGCGAUCCAGCCCGAGGCGUUCAAGGACUUGACCCAAACGGCCAAGAGCCGGAAGCGCAAGGCGACGAGCUCGGCCGAAGACGGCGCGACGGCGGACGUCAACAUGGGCAACGACGACGACGACGCUGAGAACGGUGGCGAGAACCGCCCGAUGAAGACGGUCUUUUCGAGUUCUAUUGUCGAGGUGCACGCGGCCGUGAGCUUUGUUGACUUUGAUGGGCUUGCGGACGGACGCGCGAUCAAGAACUGCCUCGAUAAGGUCAAGCCGCGCAAGCUCAUCUUGGUGCACGGCACGCCCGAGACGUCGGACGAGCUCAAGACGUACGUCGACAGCUCGAUUGACGCGUGCGAAGCCGUCUUUUGCCCGCAGCCCAACGAGUGCGUCGACAUUGAGUCGGACACGACGGUCUGCAAGGUCUCGCUCAAAGAAGCGCUCUACACAUCGGCCCACUUUCAAAAGGUGGGCGUUCACGACGUGGCGUACAUCCACGGGCACCUCGAGUUCCAAGGCACGACGUGCGUCCUCGACAAGGCUGACUUUGACGCGCCGCACGAGCCAAUGCGCCUCUCGCAAGGCAAGAUCACGCUCGACUCGAUGAAGCAGCUGCUCGCCAAGGCGGGCUUCAAGGCCAACUUUUCCGGCGGUAUGCUCGUCUGCGACGACGGCGUCGUGCUCAAGCGCGCGCGCAACAACGAGAUCAUGGUCGAAGGCACGCUCAGCGCCAGCUACUACCGCAUCCGCGACAUCCUCUACGGCCAGUACACGCUCGUCUAG